ACACACACACACACACACACACACACACACACACACACACACACACACACACCCCGCUGCAGCAGUGUGUGUUAGAUCAGUGUGUGUUGGAGCAGAGCCUCACACACUUCACAGCUACAAUGCUUCUCUUAUUAUUCUCUCUGUAUUUAACAUGUUCCCGCGUUCAUACUUCGACCGAGGCGACUUCGAAGCACGCCCCGAGGAUGAUCUUCACUCCCAAAGAGACUGCAAUGACAAGGCAUCCACUCUUGGAACACCACGCACCUGCAGGGAUUGUUCUGGGAAAAGAGCCGAACAAGGUCAUCGUUGCUGGACCCAAACACCUGAACUCGUUCAACUUUCAAAACCGGCCCGAGCCAGAGGAAAUAAAUGUGCCGUGGACAGAGUGCCUCAAAGCUGAUCCUCCACAGAGAGGGGAAGGGGACUGCGACUACAACAUCAGUCUGGUCCAGAAGAUGGGGGCCAACAACUUGUUCCUGUGUGGAACCGACGGCAAGGAAACGGCCUGCUGUGAUAUGGAUUUAUCAGAGAAGCCCCCCAGGUGCAUGUCCUCUGGAAAGAUGGAGAAGAUUAAAGGGAGUAUCCGGGGUUUCAUCAUAGAGGAGGGAGAACCAGCCGCUCUCGUGGCAGACAGUGACCUCUACGUCACAUACUCCGGAUCCAAAGGGGACGUGGGGAUCCACCGGUUUGGAAGCAACCGAGUUGGACCCUCGUUGCACGAUAGAGAGCAGCACUAUGUGGGUUUGGUGCCCAGCAGAGACAGAGACCUGCAGGGCAAAGUGUUCGGCUUCUAUAAGCAGAGAAACACAGACUCAGGCCUCUACAGCGGUAUGUGGAUCCCCUUCGUGACUCGGGUGUGCAUGAGAGAUGUCGGCGGUCCGAAGAACCUGCUGCAGUUCAGCUGGACGUCCCAGGUGAACGCUCGGCUCUUCUGCGGAGACACCAAGAGCCGGCGGCAUUUCUCUGAGCUGGUGGAUGUAGCCACGGUGGAGGCGGAGCCGUGGGAGGACACCAGGGUUUAUGCACUCUUCAGGAAUGAAUGGGGGAUGAGUGCUGUGUGUGUCUACACCAUGAGAGACAUUGAACACAUCUUCACAACGUCCACAUUCAAAGGCAAAGACCCCCAGAACGGCAGACUCAGGACGUGCGACCAGGACAGCACAAAGAUUCACAUGGACGUCCUGAAGAAGAUCAAGGAGAACUCGGAGAUGGAGGACUGGGUUCGGCCCAUCUACAACACCGGUCCGAUUCUCUCCAACCAUCACAACUACACACACAUCUACGUGGACCCUGCUCAGAACAACGGGGGCGAUCCACACACCAUGCUCUACCUGUCUCUACGUAAAGGAGGUAUUCAUAAGGUGGUGCAGAAGGAAAAUCACUCCUUCAUCAUCGCUGAGUAUCAACCGUUCGCUCACGGAGACCACAUCCUCAGCUUACUCCUCCACUCCCCCACUAGGAAGCUGUAUGUGACCUCCAGGAAUGAACUGGUACAGAUGGAUGUGGAAAACUGUGCCCAAUACGGAGACAGAUGUGAGGAUUGUGUCCUGGCCAGAGACCCGUACUGCAGCUGGAACGACUCCCACUGCACCCCCAACACACAAAACAUGCUGCAGGAUGAGAUCAAAGCCAACCUCGACAUCUGUGUGUCUUCAAGGAGGUUUGAGUCCUCUCGAACAGGGCGCCAAUAUCCACCUGAGGCAGACAAGUCGACGACGAGCAUCACACUCCCCUCGAACUCCAAAUACUUCCUCCAGUGCCCGGUGAAGUCUAAUCACGCCAGCUACACCUGGUUUUACCAGGGGGGGGGCGCCUCCUCCGGCUUGGAGGAGACGCCGGGCCUCCUCCUGAUCCACAGCAUGAGUCCGGACCAGGAGGGGAGGUACAAGUGUGUGUCGGAGGAGAGGGGCUACAGACGAGAGCUGGCCGAUUACACGCUGCAGCUGGAGAGCAGGGCGGGGGUCCGGACCUCCACCUCACUGCUGCUGGGGCUCUGUCUGACCGCCGCUCUGAUCCACAGUCUGUCCUGUUAGUCCUCAGAUAUUGUACUGAAAGUGUAUUUAGAGGACUAAAGUGUUAAAGUCCUGCAUUCAAAGGGACUUCAAAAAUACUUAGAUUACCAUAAGUGCAAAGUGUUCAUUAGAUUAUAUUUAUUAAUGUGUUGCAUUUCAAUGUUUCAGUGAAAGCGGGAUUUAUUUCACUUCAUCUAAUGCUAACAGGUAUCCAAACCCAGUCCUUUAUUUAAAUCUGGUAUUCAUAUUUUUGAAUCUGUAAAUUACAGUCUGUAGAAGUUCUUCAAAUGUGUACUUAGGUAGAGAACUGAUCCUGAGUGAUACGAAUGCAUGACACUUGAAGAUGGAAAAGACACCUAACCCCAAUAAUCCCCAAUGGCCAAAGGUGUGUGUGUGUGUGUUUGAGUGUUUAUGUGUCCUGAAGAGCUGGUAUCCUGGGCAGUGUGUGUGUGAAUGCUGACGUAUAAAGUAGUUGCAAAACAGAAGAGAAGUUACAAACAAAUAUGCAGUUAUUUUACAUUCGGUACAAAUCAACAUGAAUAUCCUUAAUUCUAUUUGAAAGGUCGUAAAAACAUUUCUGUAAUUUCAUUAACAGAAUAUUUGUGCUGCAAGUGCAGACCUAAUUUAGCAAAACCGAUGUCCCAGUCAAACAGACAAUCUUAUUUAUUUGUUGUACAAAUGAUAAAAGCCAAAAUCCAGCCCGUUCAAAUGUGUUUCAAAUCUUCUCAUCUCUCUGAAUCCUUACUGUUCCUGUGCAGCUGAAAACCAGCUCUCACUGGGAAGGGCGUAAAACAUUAACGAGGAUAAAUCAUUUUGUGUUUGCUUAAUUUAACUUAACUUCUUGAUUCUGUCCUAAAAGCAAUAUCAAUGUUAAACUGCAGACAUCUGGGCGACGUGACCUCGCGGGUAUUAUAGCAAUAACAUAACCAAAGAUUGUUUUUACCAUAAUACUAAAAAGAUAACCGGGGAGUAGAGUGCAAUCUUUAAAAUCGUAGAAAAUAAUACGAAUGAAUGCAUGUUACACUUUAAAGCUGUGAAAUACAAAUUGAGCAAGACUGAAAUCUCUGAAAUAUGAAAUACAUUAAAGUGGAAGAUCAGGUAACCUCAAACGUGUGGAAGCAGUCAGGACACUUGUGAACGUCUGAUGAUGUGUUGCAGUCCUUUAGAAAUAGUUGAUCACCUGUUCAAUGUGAAACGCUGUCAAUGUCGUCAUUUCCUUUCUUGCACUCUACCUCAGACUCCCUUCACUGUUUGGACAUAACGUGUGUGUGUGUAGACUGGCAACUAGCACUUUAUCUCUGUUGUACAAAUAUGUGUGUGUGAUAUAAGAGUCUGGAACUGCAGCGGAUCAAAAUCAGUCAUUGUACUUACAAAACGACCAAACCAACAAUUAUUUGAUCCGUCCAUUGGUCUGAUUUCUGGUGAAUUCUGAAGCUAUAAAUAUUUUCCAAACAUGUCUGUUUAAGAUGUCCUCUGUUUUAUAUAUAUCCUUAUUGAAUGCAAAGAGGGCGUCCAUGUUACUCUGGUCUACUGAUCUGCUACUAAUGUAAUUUCUGUAAAUCAUUAUCAUUAAAAAAGUUGUUGCUUCCCUUUUCA